ACGUUGUUCCCAUGCUUCAUAAUGUUUACGUCAGUUUUAUUUGGUUUUAAUUGUCAAAAUUGAAGGUCAAUAGAAUUAAAACUAAACAUACUUGAUAGUUGUAGCUAUACAUUCCGAACAAAUAUUGAUUUAACUUAUAAUACGUAAAAUAUUGGAAUUUAAAAGAAAUAGUGAUUACCAUGGACAAUUUAAGGCUAUAUUUGGUUACUUAUAACGUUGGAACGAGUUCUCCAGAUCAAGAUUUGAAAGAAUUAUUGUCGAUUACUGAUCACAAAAAUGAUAAACGUCCAGAUUUUUUUAUCCUAGCUUUUCAAGAGGUUAAAGCACAACCCCAAAAUAUGUUGAUGGACACUUUAUUUGACGAUCCCUGGACUUUUGCAAUCAAAGAUCUUCUGCACAAAGACUAUAUCAAAUUAAAAGCAUGUAGGCUUCAAGGGCUGCUAUUACUAACAUUCUGUUUGAAAAAACACCUUUUGAAUAUCAGGGAGAUGGAUACAGAGUAUACCAGAACUGGUUUAGCAGGAAUGUGGGGAAACAAAGGUGCUGUAUCCAUAAGAUUAAAUCUAUAUGGUUGUUCAAUUUGCAUUGUAAACUCCCAUCUAAGUGCCCAUGACAACCAUUUAGAUGAUAGGGUAGAAGAUUAUAAUAGUAUCAUCAAUGAUCAAGAAUUCCAUGUACCUGAAACUUCAAAAAUAUUUUACCAUGACUAUGUAUUUUGGAUGGGAGAUCUUAAUUUUCGCUUAAAUGAAGAAUUCGACAGAACUCCAGAAGAAAUUGAAAGGUUAAUAGUGAAGAAAGAAAUUAAAGCUUUGUUUGAACACGAUCAACUUAGACAUGUGAUGAAGAAAGGAGAAGCUUUUAGUGAACUUACUGAACAAGAUCCGACGUUUCCUCCCACGUUCAAGUUUACAGUGGGCACUCCUACUUAUGACUACAAAAGACGACCAGCAUGGUGUGAUAGAAUACUGUAUCGAGUUAAUUCAAAUAAUUAUGAAAAUAUAACUCUAAAAGCAGAACAACUUACAUACAAGUCCCAUCCCAAUUAUUCUCUUAGUGAUCACAAGCCUGUUUCUGCUGAAUUCAUUAUUAAGAUUCCACAACCAGUAUCAAAAAUGCCAAAGGUACAAAUAGAUUCACAACCAUGUGUUGAUCAGGUAUUUUCAGAUUACUCUGAAUCUGUGAUUGAAUUUGACAAGAUCACAUCUUGGGACGUCGAAGGAGAGAAUAAGGCAUACUACAGACUUACAAAAGGCAUUCAAGAAAACAGUGAGGAUUGGAUAGGACUGUUUAAGGAAAAUUUCUGUGCUUUGGAUGAGUAUGUAACCUAUGAAUAUGUCAGUAAAUGUUCAACACCAACAGACGAUAGCAGCAAGAGCGGCAGUAGUAAAACUCAAGAUACGAAGAAAUAUGAAAUAACAUUUCCGGAUUUACCUAACAGAUUCAAAGGCAAUUAUUGUCUUUUAUAUUUCAGUCAAAACGAAGAUAAAGUCACUAGUGUGUUAGGUAUAAGCAACGUAUUUCCUAUUGUUAAAGCAGACAGUGACUAGAAUAUCGAUAUAAAAAAUGAGAACCAAUGUACGUCAAAAUAUAGUUUUAAUGUUACUUAAGGGGUAACACCCGGUUUUUGAGGAUGAUUAUUAGAAUUUUUCUUUUUCAGAAAAACGUUAAUUCAGAUUAAAAUUUACUUAGAUGACUUCAUUAUACAUGUUUUUAUUAAUUUUUAGAAAGAGAUUGAAAACAAAAUGUGAAUACAGAGCUAUAAGAGGAAUAUUCCACUACCACCAACUUUUCGUCGUAAGUUUUUUCUUAAUGUUUGAACUAGAAGCAAGAGAAGUACUAGGGGUUUCAAAAAAUAUUGAAUUUUAACAAUAUGGCAGAAGUUCGAAAAAAUAAAAAAUCGAUGGGAAAACAAAAGUUUGUCGACAAGCAUAAUCUCACUAGUGCCAUCUAUAGGUAGCCUAUAAAAAUAGUCGCUAAGGGAUAUCUGAGGCGGAUAAACAUUUCAGAGCGAAGGGCGCGCCGCGUGCGUCCGAUCGUGUAGAGAGAUACUCAUAACACCUGAUGCUCAUAACACCGAGAAAUUUGUUUUUUUCGAAAAAUCAUUUGACGACGUCAUUUUUAACAUAAUUUCCUACGAUUUUAGCUAUAAAAUAGAUUUUGACUUCUUGAAAUUUUUACAGUGGUGUUACCCCUUAACCGAACCGAAUUGCAUAUGAAAAGUUAGUACAUGUACUUCAUUUUUGUGUAUGAGUGAAAUGAAUAAGUAAGUGUAGAUGAAACGGGUACUUAAUUAUAAAAUGUUUUUCAAAGGAGAGAAAGAACAAAAAGGUUACUGAACGAGAUGUAUUGGCAGCUUUCACAUGUAUAAGCUUUUAUUUUAUUAUUUCAAUAUAUAAUGUAUGUGUAAUGUGUCUCUGCGUAGGUUCUAGGAUGAUUCAAAAAAAUUUGUUAAUUUUUUCAACAAGGGACAUAGAAAAAUAGGAUUGCAGUUUUUAAUUUUUUCUCAGUACAAUAAAAAAACUCAUACCUCAUCAUUGAUUUUACAGAAAAAUGUUCUUGUAGAAUUUUGUAGAAAAUUUAUUGCUCUACAAAAACAUAUUUAAUAUUUUUUUCUGAAAACUACACCGUUUGAAUGAUAUUUAAGAUUUAAGUUUGAUUAUUUUGAGACAAAUGCAUUCUUGUUUAUGACUUGACAAUAAAUUACUAUUAUAAAUUGUAUUAUUAUAAAAAAUAAUUGCUGUAUAAAUAUUGCGCCUUAUGUUUUGGCGAUUAAAUUAAGUAACCUAAACUAACUUAACAUAACCCAACCUAAUUCAACAUCAAACUUCCAUGUGUAUUGAUUUUAAGAGUUUAAUUUAUAAGUUUUGAGAAAAUUUUAACCAAUUUUAGUUUCAGCAACUGAGAAACUAUCAACAUUAAAAAAAAAUAAAUUGUACUCUAUCGAUUAGUUUAUUAUUUAUUAAUAAAAUAGCAAAGUUUGCAUUAUAAAUAUGUUAUAUGUUUCAGUUUUAGAGAAAAAAAAAUCACAGAGAAACAUUUGAUUGGCCGAGUCUUGUCACGCUACCUCAUACGUGCUAUACGUGUCCUAAUUUGCGCUUUUACUUAAUAUCAGUACACGUGUAGUGCAAGUUUGAUGAUGAAUAUCUUUUAAACGCUUAAUUUAAUCGCCAAAAUACAAAAUACUAUUUUUAUAAAGCAGUUAAUUUCCUACAAAAAUUAAUUGUAAUUAAUUUAAUUGUUGAAGAAAUAACAAAUAAGCCAUAACCUAUUUAAAAAAAUUGAAUUAUAUUGUGCAUUGGUUUUCAAUAUGUAAGUAUUUUAUUGAUAAUUAACAUUAGUUGAAUAAGGGUAGUUAAAGUUGGUGGAAAUAACAGGUUCAGACGUGGCAAGCUUGUCCAAUACAUAGUGAUAUCUCAAUUAAAUGAUAAAUAUAUUUACUAUUUAAUUAUGAAAGCAAUUGGAAAAUCCUGAAACAUUUAAGUUUUUCAGUAUGAGUAAAAUCAUUUAUCGGCCCCUCAACCGACAAGGGGUAAUAAUUUGUGAAAGGAACAAUACCAUUUUUAAUUCUUUUAGACAAAUGACAUUUGCAAGAAUCUUAAAAAACAAUUUCAAUUUGAAAACAUAUUAGCAUAUCUUUGAAAAUAAAUAAUAGCUGACUUUGGAGUUUGAACAUUUUUUAUUUUAUAAAAUGAACAAUUUCAGGUUAUUUUUAUAUUUUUCUGUCACCUCUCACCAUGGUCAAAACGAUAGGAAUUAUUGUCGUUUACAUAUACAAUACAUGUCAGACUUAAUUAGACAAUCUUUUACAUAAAAUUAUUUAUUGAGUUAGAAUAACCCGAUAGUUAAUUUGAAAAACCUCAAAUUAUAUUUUUUAUGUUUUUGACAAUAAAAAUUUGCAAGAAUUUGAAAGGACAAACAAUUGUAAUUAUAAGGACAAUGUCAGAUAUGCUAUAAAGAUUAUUUAUCGCAAUUUCAGGUAAUUUUCAUCUCUUUUUGUCAUCCAGGAUCAUAGUCAGAACCAUUUUGUCCUUUAUAUAUCCAUGACAUUCGUCAGGAAAACAAUUCAUGCCGUCAGACAUAUUCUUCAUUGGAUAGAGUUUCUUCCUCUGGUUCUAAUUCAUGGAUACCUUAAAAGAAAGGACACCACCCAUUUGCAUUGAACUGUUCAAUUGUAGGACAUUCGCGAUCUAAGUAACAUUUCACUGUACACUUCAAAUCUGUUUGAUUCUAUGGAAAUCUAUAUACCUUUACAAGUAGAUAAUGCAUCUUUUAUUUUGAAAAAGCUGGCUAUUCAGUAACAUAUUUCGUGUGACUAUUCAUAAUUUUGAGUUAACAACUAGCACUACAAACUGGAUAGCAGCCUUUCUCUGUGACAACGCGUCAUUUCUCAUAGCCUUUGAAGCUUCGUAUUUAUUUCCAAACGAAAAUCUGUACCAAACUUCAAAUCCAAAAGAGAAACAGCCGAAAACCAAUUGAGCCAGUCUGUAUCAAAAUCUAUAUGCAGCCAUUUUUUAUUGGCAUUAAUAAAGUAAUUAAAUACCGAUGUGCAAUUUAUAAUAAAAUAUAAUGUAACGUUGUUUGCUAUCAAAUUUUGUGACGUUCCGUUUUCACUGAAUAACUAGAAUUUAAUACGAGGGUUGCUUGAGAGUUUCUGACUUUAGAGGAACCGUUUUUUCAACACAGUCACUUUUUAAGUCCAUACACUCUUCUGAAAAAUUAACGUCCUCGUCUUAUGAAAUUUCUCUCCCCGCGAAAAAUAAUUCUAGCGGGGAAUAGACUUAUACAAUUGUCAAGCAGAAACUAAGCGUUCAAAAUGGAUGAAAUUUUAUUGAAAAUGUAUUUCCUCAACGAUUAUAGACACAAAGGAUUGUUCACUUCUCCAAUUUUGUUUGUGCAAAUUGAGUCUAAAGAAUAUUUAGGUUUUAAAAAUUUAAAAAUAUAUUAUUUUAGUUAAUGGUUCUAAAUUUUAUUAAAUUCAGGUCUCUUCUGAUUUAAAAUUUGAAAUAAUUUUAAAAGAAACUAAUUUUAAAUCCGAAGAGACCUAAAAUCCAGAAAAUUUAGAACCAUAAAUAUAUCAAAAGGACUAAGAAACUAAAGAAAUUUGUUUUAGUUAUAUAAUUAAAUAUUUGUAAUGAAGAGCUUCAAUCUGAAACAAAUAAUGUAUUGAAAAAAAAACAUAUUAAAAAGCAUAAUUAGAAUAACCAGCAAUUUUCAAAAUGUUUACAUGUGAAUAAAUUUAAACCUAAAAAAUAUUAAGUAUCCGUAUUGUCUGUACCCAAAUACUAAUAUAUUUUAGAAUAUUUCAUAACAUCCUUCUUCAGUUAAGAAUUUUUUUCAACUUCUUUAAUUCACUUCCUUCACGAUCAUCAAUGCUUUUUCUUUUCAGAUUUUUAUUUUUUUUUAGCUUGAUGAUUAUAGAAGUUUAUUACUAUGAUCAAACUCCAAACUCAAUUUGCAAUAAUCUAAUAUUUUAAAUAACACAGGUUAAAUAGAACUGAGCAAUCCUCUGUGUCUAUAAUCGCUGAUAUUUCCCAACUUAUAUUGAUAAGUGCUGACAUUUUUAGGUUGAUGUAGAAGAUAUUGAUCAUUAUAUUAAAACAUAGUGGAUAUACAUUAAAUAGAAGUAUUUGUUUUAGUAGAAUUAUUUUAAAUUCACACAAAUAGAAUUUUUUAAAUGAGAAACAAUUUUUUUCUGAUUUGAGCCUGUGUCAUACCCCUGAGUCCACUUUGUUGUUAGAGAUUUUAUAUUGAUAUUCCUAUGUACCAUAAAAUUUUUCCUAGUACUGUACCUACACUUCUAUCUAGUCGCUUUUUAUAUGAAUCUACUAAAAAAUUUGUUAUAUAGUAGUUACAUCAUAUCUAGCUUUAGUUGUUGAUGUUCUAUAGAAAAAUCUAUUCACUUAAAUUUAAAAAAACUAUAUUUGAAAGUAUAAACCAACUAGUUAAUUAUAAAAAUACUCAGAUAUAAUAAACUGUUUGUUAACAUAUAUAAGCUGUUUUGUGAUUUAUUUACUUUUUAAAAAGUUAUUGUUUCCGUAAAUCAUUUAAUGCAGUAUUAUCCCCAAUAUUUUUUUAUAUAUAUAACGAAAGAAACGUAAAUUAGUUUAUUAUUUUGAUCUGCGCAUGUAUUAUGAAUGUGCCUUUCAAAAUUUACUAUUAUUUCUAUAAAUCUGAAUUUUGCGCCGAUUGAAUAAAGUAAAUAUAUUAAAA